AUGUUUGGUAAAGUUUUCGUAAGCUACAUCAGAACAAGAAUUGGGUUCAAACCUUUAAGCACGAUAUACACGCCUGUUUCUUCUUCUUCGCUCAGCUUCGAUAAGGAGGCAUGUUUCCCCUUUAAAAAAUGGCACGAACUGAAUAUGUCCCAGAAGCAAGAGUUUAUUCAGCGUUUUGUCAAAAACUACAGGCACCAAUACCCAAGUUCUAAGACCAAUGUUUCGCUGAAGGGGCUGAGUAUUGGCAUGGACGAGCACAAUGACUCGCCAUCUGUGUUCGGCAUAUUUUAUAACGAUAUCUGGAAAUCGUUUAAGAACGAGCAAUUAGGAACUAACAAUGAUAAUAUGAAAUCGGGUAGUAGGUUCAGUCACCCCAGCUUUAAACAAUUGUUAAUACAGAAGUGA